AAGACUAUUAUCCUUGACAGCUUGACUAAGUUGCAAGAAUCUAAUUUAAUAACAAGGGUAGUAAUGUGUGACCAAGAUGUAAGUUCUUUUCAAAAUCAAAUAUAUUUCCACUUUCACCAAGCAUUUUACAUAAUGAAGAUAUAAAUUUCAUGUAUGACUCACCACAUUUGCUGAAGUGUCAGAAACAACUUCAUGAAUAUAUGUUUAAUUUACGACAAGGUUUUCCGCCUCUGUAAAAAUGAUGUUCAAGAUCUCACUACACGUUGCGUGCAGUUCAUGCUGGUGAAGAAAAUUUUCAUGCAAGAUUGAGGAAGGAUGUUUCUCGCUGCUUAGUUCCAUGAAGUCAUAGGCUCACAAACAUGCGUUCAUGAGUCACGUAUCUUAUGAUAAAAGAGACACACAUUUUUACCUAUACAUCCCUCUUGACAAAUAGUGCCUCUUCCGUGCUGUGGUGGUACAGUGAUUUGUAAAUGAGAUCAGUGCACGCCACGGUUUGUUCAGUUGACCACUGCUCCCCAGCGCCUCGACCACACUGCUCCUCCUUCAGCCGUUGCACGGAAGAUUCCCCACUGCUUUUCCGUCCUUUGGUGUUGGCGACAUGUAUUCAUCGGUGCUGUGGGCGUGCAUGGCAUUGUGUGCUUGCGAGAUACUGCUCCCUCCUGUUGAGGGUGAAGACCUGACGGCGUGGAGACGUGUAUUGGUGGAGUCAUCGUGGUUCAAGGAAAGUGUUAUUCGGACUCCGAAAAACCUGUCUCUCAUCUCGUGCGGUCUGGUAUGCAUGAGGCACGACUGGUGCAACCUGUGGCGCCACGACGAACCCAGCGCGUGCUUGCUCACCUCCCUCUUUGUGUCGGUAUCCUACCAGCCUUCACAACCAGACGGCGCCCUUCCCUGCUACACCGGCCGCAAGCCAGAGUUCACUACUCGCGCAGCUAUCACCUCCUCUGUGCACUACCACGCCAAUAUAAAACAAGGAAGCAAUUUGGUGGAUGGCAUAUACAGCAGUGACAUAUACGAUGCUUCCAUAGUGGAUCAAGAGUCAGGGGCAUUCGCCUGGUUCUUGUUGGACUUUGGGGAUAUUAUCCCCAUAUCAGAGGUCAUAUUGGUUGCUCAGCCUAAUAUAAACUCAUACCACUAUUUCCGAGACAUCGAGGUGAGAGUUGGAAACACCCAGGCUUCAGGAAACUUUGCAUCCUACUUGAUGCUUGGGAGUUUCACGGGCCCUGGUGAUCCAGAACAGAUCGUGAUACUUCGUCCCGCUACUCCACUCUUCGGCCGCUACGUCUCCAUACAGCGAACAACAGACGGUAUGCUUCAGAUCGCACACGUCGAGGUACGCUGAGUUCUGCAAGAGCAUCUUUAUUCCUAGAGGCUGCAGCACAUCGCAGGGCCUAGGACGAAGAGCCCAGUGAGGCGGUGGGGGUUGUAGUAUCACCACUAAUAGGAGUAACACAAAAACACACUUAAUUAUUGCCAAUGAAAAUGCAUAAAUAAAGAGUUGAAGCUUCAUUGGUUUAAUUUUCUAUCUAAA